AACAGACAAAGAAUGACAUGCAUUCCUUCCAACAUCCGAUCACAUUAUGGGCGGUAAGAAGGAGCUGUGAGCCAUAGAUAAACCAUUCAAAAAUGCAGCUCCCUCUCGCUUCCCCUGUGUCGCAGUGAUAGUGGACUAUGGGCAUUUUCACGAUUGCAGCUCUCCUCUGACACUUGGAGCGGCGUGACCAGCGCACAUCCCACUGACUCACGGAUUUGAGCAGAUGUCUGGUCCAGUACCGGCACCGGGCCACCUCCUCUGCGAACACAAAUGGCUGGUCGUGUAGAGGGAAUCUGGAGAGAUUUGCAUAGAUUAAGCUGCAGCAUCCUGCGCUCCGGAGAGAGGAGGAGAAGAUGCUCGAGCACACAUACGUCUGGAGGGAUGCGGGGCACUAAACUCUCAUCUUUAGCAAUAUUCCUACUUUUAUUACACAGCGCGCAGGCUUCCGACGAUGACUUGAGUCAUGAAGCCUCUGGACCAUUUCUGGAUGUGGCCACCUCACCCGCCUCAACCCAUUUGUUUGGCAGCUUCCAUAUGACAGACAGGAAUCCAGCUUCUGUAGUCCAGUCAGAUCCCACAGGCUCAUCAAAGGGUAGCAGGGAACAACCUGAAUUUCCCUCUAUACUCACAUUACUUGCCAGCACGGCACAAAAGCCUCCUGAACUCUUGUUAAAAGUUGUUGCACGUGACAAUGAAACACAUCAAUGGCCUUCAAAUGUAUCUUUGGGACGAGUGGAGCCAUUUACUCUUCCAUCGUCUGUGCUUGUCAGCAACCAGUCCUCCAACUCAGAGUUUGAGUGGAUAUCUGAGCUUGUGGCACCUGCGGCCACAUCCAGAGCUGCAGACCCUCUUCAUAAAGCCAGUGAUUCUAACAGAUAUUCACCUGAGCAGAAAAACACUGCUGCAUCCAAUAGAUCUUCGGCUACAGCUGUGAACAACACACAACGAGAACGACCAGCCAUUACAACCACUACUGUAUCUCAGCCUACAAUAUUUAACAGCAAUACUGUCACCACAACCAGCAUCCCCUUUAAGAAAACCACAAAUCAGAUUAGCACUACCCAAUCAUCUGCUGCUAAACGACACUCCAAAACACCUAGGACAACUAUCAGAACUACAACUACAGAAUCUCCAAAGACAACACCUAGAAUCCUUCCUGUCUCCACCUCACAGAGUGCUAAGUUGGACCCUUCAAGGAGCACCUUAGCUCCCCCAAGAGCUGCUGCUACUGAGGCCUCGAUGCUGAGAUGUAACAUCACUGACAAGAUGUGGAUAAAAACAGUGUUGUCCGUACAGUUACGGAGGAGUCGUCUAGACAGUAUUUUGAAGCAGAAUCUCCCUCGAGGGUUUACUCAAGCUCUGAAGAAGGCCUUGAAUGACAGCACGGUUCAGGCUAAGAUUGAGAGCAUCUCCAGUGUACCUAACGUGACGGUCGGUUACUAUGUGACCCGUGGAGAGAUGGUGUACACUGCUUCGGUGGUUGUGGAGGCUCUAAGUGUCUAUGGUAUUGAGAGAUUGAUGGCAGACAUCCGGCAGUUUGUGCCACUGGUGCAGGCGAUUCCCAUCCCACCAGUCCCCUGGAGACCCAGCCCUGCCAUCUCACUGAUGCUGAAGACAGUUCUGAGGUUUGUAGGACCAGGAGAUGACCUCAGGUCCUGCAGAUUUACUCAGAUGAUGGAGCAGAGACUGGAGAAUGCUUUUGCUGAGGCAGAGGCCAUAGCGAUGAACUCUCACAGCGGUCUCACUGUACAGAUCUUGAGCACAUCACAGUCUAUGGGUUCUCCUGCUGUAUCGCUGAUAUAUGUGGUGCAUAAUGGCAGUGUCACUCUCAAUGGCACAACUACCAGUAACCUCCUCAGCCAACUGACUGCCGAGCUUGUUGGUUACUUCCUGUUUUACCCUCCACUGAUCACAGCUGAGCCUCUGGAAUACCACAACCUUAACACAUCUGUAGUAACCAGGCCAUUUUGGAUAAUCACAGUGAUUCAGGAUGUGGAAAACUCCUCUCUGGAAGGACAGUACCACAGUUUUGCUAGUCUGAUGGAGGAACGGUUGGCUGAGCUCUUCAUGGUGGCCCACCAGCAAGGCGUUCGCUUCAAGCGGGCAGCAACGGUGGGCAGUUACACUGUCCAGAUGGUUAGUAUCAGGCGUGUGCAUGGGCGAAAAAACCCAGCUGAGAUGACCUACUACGUCCAGCAAAAUGGAACCCCACUGCUUGGCACAUCUGCAGCCAAGCUUAUGAACACAGUGGACUCGCAGACCAUGGCACUCACGCUGGGAUACUUUGUCCAACUGCAGGCUGAAGCCGUAGUGAAGAAUCCACCCAACAACAUGUGGAUCAUCGCUGCAGUGCUAGCACCCAUCGGUGUGGUGACCCUCAUCAUCAUCAUCAUCACCACGGUGCUGUGUCACAAAAACAAGAGCGAUUUCAAAAGCGAUCCCAUUGGAAACUUCAACCCUCGAGUCAAGACUGCUUACUGGAAAGACGUGGGUUAUUACCCUCAGCCUGUUCAGGGGUUUGACUAUGCCAAGCAACACCUGGGUCAGCAGGGUGGUGAUGAGGAGACCCUCUCGGUUACCCAGGAGACUAUGAUUCUGCCCCACCCCAUUCGAGAUGCCCCUCUGUCCCUAGAUAAGCCUGCACGCCAAGAUGGAUCCACUUCCAAGAAGAACCUGAACAGUGAGAUAAGGAAAAGUAGGUUGCCGAGUGAGGAUGGUUCCGUCAUCAGCAGCGAAUCAGUGAAAGAGGUCUCGGGAAAGGGCUCGAGUGUGCAAAAAGCCACAGUGCAGCAGAAACUCACGAAGGAGGAGACGAGGAAGAGUAAUGAUCAUUAUGAUAGUUCCUCAGGAUCACUUCAGCUUAUUUCUAUAAAACCAAUCGCAGCUCCACCCACCUACUCGCGCCCUGCAUCCUCCGACCGCAGCCAGGACUCUGCUGUAUUCAAUGGAGAAGUGAAUUUGGCUCUGAAACAGAAGUCAGACAUUGAGCACUACAGGAAUAAGCUUAGACUGAAGGCCAAAAGGAAGGGAUAUUAUGACUUCCCUUCUGCUGAGGGGAAAGGUAGCACUAAAGACCUAAGUCAGCGACACAAGUACAGCCACGACAGGCCUCCACACCCACAGAACAGUGCUCAGGAACUGGAGGACGACAGGGGAUCCACGUAUGUAAAGUAUCACAGGAGACCCUCUCAGGUGAGUCACCCCACACAUCGUAGCAGACAGUCUCUAAACAGUCCCAGUCCUGGAGGAACAGAGAUGGAUCUUCUGGUCAUGAGAGAGAGACCCAGAAAGGGGAUCCGUAACAGUGGCUAUGAUACUGAGCCAGAGAUUAUUGAAGAGACUGAUGUUGACCGACUGGCGGGCCGCCAUUAUUUUGGCUGUGGUCGACAAAUCAAAGGUCAAUCUGAGACAUCAACACUGAGUUCCCAGCCUUCCAUAAAUGAGGUUCGUCAGCAGAUGCAUCUGCUGCUAGAAGAAGCAUUUAGUCUAGCUUCAGCUGGCCACUCUACUUCCAGCCGACACCAUCACUCUCACCAUCAGCAUCCACCACUUGGACCCUAUGGCUUGGGUCCAGUCAUUCCGUACUCAGAGGUGGUGACCAGUGCACCGGGCACCACGAGUCAAGGGCAGGGAGGCCUACAGUGGGUGCCAGCCUAUAGACCAGACCCUUACCAGUGCAGCCUUGCCAAACAGGCAUUCAGGUUCACUCAGCUUCCUGAAAUGGCUCUUGGGUCUCCUCCACCCCCUGUCCCACCAAGACCAGGCCCUCCUCCUGAGUCAUCACUGCGACGGUCAUCUACUGAUCUUGGUCGGAAAGGUCAUUGUGCUGAGUCGUCAGUGCCGAGUCAGCAUGACAGCAGCCCACACAGGCCAAACAGCAGAGCGCCACUCCCACCUGUCACUACUGAGCCCAUUCCCAACCACUCAGGAAAUCCCAUGACAGCAGUGUACGCCAUCCCAGCCAGUCGUCCAGGAUACACGGGAUAUUUCAUCUCUACACCACCCUCCUCCUACCACAGCCCAUCCUGGAUGUCUUACCCCCCUGAACCCGAGGAUGUGCCUCCUCAGUGGACCGAAUCUAUGCCCCUACCAGGCUACGCAGAGGCCUUUCCUCACCCUCAUUAUCCUCAGGGCAGCCCUCUCCUGUGGCACCACCGGCAGGCCAUUCAGGGUGGUCCAGAUAAUCCACCCUCUUCCUCCACUGCAGUGUCCCAGCAGAGUCUAGCAGAGCCCAGAGAUCCGAUCAGCCCCGACACCCCCCUCAGCAGCCUUUCCACUUCAGCCCUAGUCAAAGCCAUCCGUGAUGAGGUGGCCAAACUGGCCAAGAAGCAAGCAGACAUGUUUGAAUUCCAGGUGUAGAACUUUCCGGUGGAUUCAUGGACUAGCUGCACUGAGACUGAACAGUCUGAUACAUUUACGACUUCUGAUUUCACCAGAUUAAAUCAUAUUUCACUGGAUGAUUU